UGCUGCCUCACAAGGUUAGGUGGCAUGCGGAAGGUGGGAGUUACGACUGGUUUACUCACUUACGUAAUUGCUCAUUAUAUCUGUCUCCCAGUCUCCCAGUUACGAACGAUUGGUUUCCAAGAUGGUUCCGGGAAGCACGCUGGUGUGUAGAGGCAUUUAAAACAGUAGUAUCGACCAUCUGUAUCAAAGCAGGGACAGGAGUAGGACCAUGAAUCUGAGAGCUAACCUUAUCAGCUGGACAUUGAUCCUUCUUAAUAUACCAGUGGAAAUCCAAGGAAAUCAUUACCAAUGGUGGACGUGUAGUGCUGAAUGCAGACGAUGCAUAAGAAGAACAACGCCCUUAGAAAAGUGGAUAUCUGAAUAUUACUCGGGGCUGUUCAGCCGGGAGCCCCCAGCAGCCUUCUAUGAUUCUACCCCAGCAAAUCCUGUAAAUCCGGACAAGACAAAAAACCCUGUCAAUCCAGAUAACCCAGGAUCUCAAAAUAAUACCGGUAACCCAGGAAAAUCAGGAAAUCCAAGUAACACUGUCGUGCCAGAAAAACCAGUAAACACCGGAAACCCAACUUCAGAUCAGUACGGUUGCUGUGAAACUGAGUUUGGCCACUGGGCCCCCAACAACACGGAGUUCGGGGGGCGGAAGUACACGGUGGUACAUCUGAAGCAAGAGUACCAGUUUAUCCCCGUUGGAAGAUGCCGGCUUGGCACGGCGUGUCAGCAGGGGGAGUGUGUGCAGAUGCUCCGCGCCCACUGGAUCCUCGUCUACAACAACACGAAGCCCCUCACCAGCGCCCCCGUCAGCUUCGUCCCCAUCAAGAUACCCUCCCACUGCGAGUGUUUGAACAUAGGGAGAGCCAGGCCUUGAAGACAACGUCCAUCCACAAAUAUCGUACUUCACCUGCGUGACCUUGACGAGUCGUUAUGAAAUGUUACGCUGUGCGUGAACUAGACAAAUCAUAAACAAAUGUUACGCUGUGUGUGACUUCCUGGAACGCCCCCUUUGCCGAUUCAGGUUCUUUUUGCAUGAUUGUGAUGAACCUGGAACAUUUGUACAAAAUGAGUACAUCAAAAAGUGCUAUACCCCACCUCGGAGUCGUCGUACUCUGAGGGCCGCAUGCUAAAUCCGGACGCAUGGACACAUGAACACACAGACAUAUGGACAUAUGGUCAUUCUCCAUGGAUGGCAUUCCUACGUCACAACCAGUUUCGGGAGAUGUUAUAAUUGUCGUGCAAUGGAAAGAUUAUUUAUUGUGGAAAACUUUUGACGUGGUGAACGCCACAUCCAAGAACAUAUUCGCAUAUUAGAAUAAAGUCGGUGAUGUUAACCGAACAUUUCUGGACGUGAUACGAUGUGUGAAACGUCACGUUGUACAUACUUCCUGUUAAGCCGGUCUUAACGCUAUCUCCAUUGUUGUUAACAUAUAAAGGUGUUAUUAUGGUCACAUGUAAAUAUGUGUUUGUAAGAUCUUCGUUAUAAUGUUUAUCGGCAUGUACAAAUCAUCGAUUAUGUAUUGCAGGAAUACAAGCGGCAACAGGGAUUGUUGUGUGUCAACCAUGUGCGCCGUUAUAACACAGAACGUUCACGUGCAGAUUGAUAUUUGUAUGUUACUUGGCAGGAGUACUGCCGUGCGGUGUAAGGCAACACACAUAAUUUUUUUCAAAAUUGUUUGAGUGGCGGGUUCUACCGGUAGGG